UACUCUGUUGGUUAUUGGCAAGUGAUUUGUGAAAGUCAAUGUCAACGAUUCUGCCAAUGUCAGAUGUGAAAUAAGAAACCAGAAACCUUACUGUUUAUAACCACGACAAACAGGAAAGUAUUAUAGAAACAAGUAAGUAGUUGAACUCCUUAAAGUGGAACUUGUUGGAUACCACUAUUGCUAAUCCUACGGGCUACGACGUCCUACUACGCUACUGCUCUAGGAGCUUGAUCGACAAAUACGGAAUUUGAGCCUCAUGAUCCGCAAUAUUGAAGAGCUGCCGGAAGGUCGGGGUCUGGAAACUGCUUUGCAUCCCAAAAGGAUGCGCAGAUGGCAACCAUCAAAUGUCCCACCACCUUCAUCAGCGUCGCCAUCAUCGCCAUCGAGGUCUGCACGCGCUGCUCCGUCGCCGCAUCUAUCUCCAGCUUCUCCUCGUCGUCGUCGGCGUCUGCGAGAUAAAUGUUCCUCCGACCUCAUCAAUUAUGGAAGUGAUGAUGACUCUGACAACAGUGAUGAGGAAGGGGAUAUUGUUGCUCCAGUUGUUCCCAGAGUGUGUCGGACCUUGAUGGAAACACCCUUGGACCAUGACUAUGAUGUGAAUACCGCCGGGGACCCAGCACCAGCCACUCACAGCACACUUGCCGGUGGACUUGAGCCCGCCGAUGUCCCCCUUAGGGCGACGGAGCAGCCAUGGCGUCUCUAUGACUUCAACUGGAGAGAGUUUCCAAACCCUCCUCCCUCACCUGUAUCGAGGCGAGAAUUUUUUUCCAAUAUUAAUGUCGGUCCGACAACUCCACAUGCCGACCCAUAUGACAUUUUCAUCGAAAUAUGGGAUCGGCAAAUUAUGGAGCACAUUGCCUCGGAGACGAAUAGAUACGCUCGGCAGGUGGUAUCCCAGAUGUGUAACAGUAAUCAGCUCUUCCCCAGAAGCCGCAUCAUCCGUUGGUAUGACACCACGGCCGAUGAACUAUAUGUUUAUUUCGGCCUUAAUCUAGCCAUGGGGAUUGUGAGUAAAUCACGGUUGGAGGAAUACUGGGGUUCCACCCCUGACGUAUUUCAUACUGGGUUUUAGCGCACACAUGUCCAUCGACCGUUUUACUUAUUAAUAAAUGUCUGCAUUUUAAUAACAACGAUGAC